AUGACGUCAAUAGGCACAGGUUACGAUCUGUCCAACUCGGUCUUCUCGCCCGACGGUCGAAACUUCCAGGUCGAAUACGCGGUUAAGGCAGUAGAGAAUGGUGGCACAGCGGUCGGCAUCAAGUGCAAGGAUGGCGUCGUACUCGCUCUGGAGAAGCUCGUCAGCAGCAAGUUGCUCAAGCCCGGCGCGAACAAGCGGAUAGCAACUGUGGACCGCAACAUGGGCAUUGUGUCUUCCGGUCUCCUCCCCGAUGGUCGCCACUUCGUCUCCCGCGCCCGCGACGAGGCAGCCCAAUGGCGGCAGCUUUACAAGGCACCCAUCCCCUCCUCGUCUCUCGCCGACCGUAUGGGAAGCUAUGCCCAAGCGUAUACCCUCUACUCGAGUGUCCGUCCUUUCGGUAUAACUGCAAUCCUUGCAGGCUGGGACUCCGAGGCCGAGCUACCAGUAGAUGGUCAAGUUGGUUCAGGGCCUACUGUUGGCUCGGGAGGCAAGAAAGAAGGCGCAAAGCAUGGUGGGCCAUCGCUUUACAUGAUUGAGCCCAGCGGUCUAUACUGGGGCUACUACGGUGCCGCUACAGGCAAAGGCCGCCAGGUCGCUAAGUCAGAGCUCGAGAAACUCAACCUCUCCGAGGGAAAUCUAUCACUAGAGGAGGGUGUCAAGGAGGCAGCACGCAUCAUCUACGUCGCACACGAUGACAACAAAGACAAGGAGUUUGAGCUUGAGAUGACAUGGAUCAGCAGUCUCGACGGUCCUACCAAGGGCAGGCACGAGGAAGUGCCCAAGGACAUCCGGGAAGAAGCUGAGAAGCUGGCAAAGAAGGCGCUGGAAGGAGACGACGAUGAUGACGAGGAGGAGGAGAAAAUGGAAGAGUAG